CAUCUGAUGUAAGAAAUGUUUAGCUGGUUGAAUAAAGUGCCCCAGUUACACCCCGAAGGCUUCGACAACGUGGUGGAGGGCCUCAAAAGUAUAUACAAAAACAAACUGUUGCCGCUGGAACAACAUUAUUUGUUCAACGAAUUCCAUUCGCCGCCGCUAAAUGAUGCAGACUUCGAUUCGAAACCUCUCAUUCUUCUGGUGGGACAAUAUUCGACGGGAAAAACGACUUUCAUACGCUACCUCCUCGAGCGGGACUUUCCGGGAAUGAGGAUUGGCCCGGAACCGACCACCGACAAAUUUAUUGCGGUCAUGUACGGCGAGAACGAGGGGGUGAUACCAGGAAACGCGCUCGUCGUCGACCCCAAGAAGCAAUUUCGGCCACUGUCCACUUUCGGGAAUGCCUUUCUGAACAGAUUCCAGUGCUCGCUGCUUAAAUCUCCUGUCCUCAAAGGGAUGUCUGUGAUAGACACCCCCGGCAUACUCGCAGGGGAGAAACAGCGCAUAGAUAGGGGAUAUGACUUCACCGGCGUUCUGGAAUGGUUUGCGGAGAGGGUGGAUAGAAUUAUCUUAUUAUUCGACGCGCACAAACUGGACAUUUCUGACGAGUUUAGGAGAUCCAUCGAGGCUGUGCGUGGACACGACGACAAAAUUAGGAUUAUCCUCAACAAGGCAGACAUGGUCGACCACCAGCAAUUGAUGAGGGUGUACGGCGCACUCAUGUGGUCUUUGGGGAAGGUGCUGCAGACUCCUGAAGUGGUGCGCGUUUUUAUUGGCUCCUUUUGGGAUCAACCGUUGAGCUACGAUAUGAAUCGGAAACUGUUCGAGGACGAGACUCAAGACUUAUUCAGGGACUUUCAAAGUCUGCCGAAAAACUCGGCAUUGAGGAAACUGAACGAUCUAAUUAAACGGGCGAGGAUGGCCAAGGUCCACGCCCUGAUCAUUUGCGAGCUAAGGGGUCAAAUGCCGCUGUUUGGGAAGGACGGCAAGAAGAAGGAGCUGAUAAAGAAUUUGGACCAGGUCUACGAGAAAAUUCGCAAAGAGCAUCAGAUAUCGGCAGGCGAUUUUCCCGACAAAACGAAGAUGCAAGACCUCUUGAACCAAUAUGAUUUCGGCAAGUUUCACUCUCACAAAAUCAAAUUGCUGGACGACGUGGACAACAUGUUGUCCGAUGACAUUGCCAAACUCAUGGCAAUGAUUCCGCACGACUGUAGCCCGUCGACUUUGGUUGAGGUAAGGGGCGGUGCAUUCGAAAACGUCGAGGACAAGAUCACCCCCUUCGGUUACAAGAGCGGCGAGGGGUGCAACGCGGGUAUCGGGGAACCGGAGUGGAUCGUGAACAAGGAACGGGCGUCCUACGAUGCCCUGUUCGACUCCCUCAAUCCGGUCGACGGGAAACUGUCAGGAGCGACCGUGAAGGAGGAGUUUGUCAAAUCGAAACUUCCCAACGUGGUACUGGCGAAAAUUUGGAAACUGGCCGACGUGGACCGCGACGGGUUCCUGGACAAGGACGAGUUCGCUUUGGCGAUGCAUUUGCUAGGCGUCAAACUAAACGGGGACGACAUCCCUUCCCAGCUGCCCGACCAUCUGGUGCCGCCAAAGAAAAAAGACAAAUUGCGCUAGUGUCGGCUGUCGGUCAUAACUCGCAUCGAUCGAAGUCUUUUGAACCAUCAUUAUUACCCUCAACGCUACUUGAAGAAUUUAAAAAGUUUAUGGGCAAUUUGGGUCAAUCUUUUAGGACAACAGUUACUUAAAAACUGCUAAGGCGAUCGUUAUUUGUAAGACGUUGGUCCCUCGCGAUUUGAUGAAGUCAAUAUUUGAGAACAGUUUGUCUUUCGAUCCUUGUUUUACAAAAGUUAACUAAUUCUUGAAAUUGAUCGUUGUUACUUGCAGAAGUUUGACUAAUUUCGAGCCAACAAAACUGCGGUAUGAUGUUUUUUUUUGGCAUAUCGAUCCUUGAAAAUAAUUUUGGUUGGUUACUUGUGAGAUACAGUUGUUACCACAGAAAUUUUGUUAUAUAUGACUUUUUAGGAAAACGGUUGCUUGAGCACUGUUGAUCUUUUGACCUUUUAAGUUCUCUCUAUUUGAAGGAUGUUGGUUUCGCUUUUAGACCAUCGCUUUUCGCAAGCUUUGUUUAUUCGUUGUGGGAAAUGUUGAUCAUAAAUCAAAAAUGAAAAUCAAAUCAUUAUUUCAUGAAACAUUAUCCUUUGAGACAUGUUUUUUUUUACUUUUUUUCUAUUUUUACAUAAAAGAUGUCGGUCUAGCUUUUAGAUCGCCGGUUUUUGGGAGACUUUAGUGUUUCGGGAUUUGAGGAGUUAUUCUUUGAGAGAUAUCUUUCUGUCCUUAAGGUCAUGAUUACUUAAGAAAUGUUUCGCAAUGUUACGAAAUAUCAAAAUUUCUGAAUUUUAAGCUGUUGGCAUUAGGGGAUGUUGUUUUUUAGGCGUUCCUUAGUCUUUCGAGACUUGUGUUACCGUUAGUUAACAUUUUGCAAUGUUCGCCGACCUUUUAGAUUAGAAUAGAAUUUUAAAGAAUAUGUUUGUACAAUUUGAAGUACAUUAUAGCAAGUCAAAAAAAUAAGAAAGAAAUAUCGAGAAAUACAAAACAAAGAACACAAACAGCAAAAAACUAUCACAUUAAAAAUCUUUCAGAAAAAUUUGAUGAACAGGUAUUUUAAAAUAUUCAGAUUACUGCCAACGUUACAUAUUAAAAUCAGACCUUAAUAUUUCUUUUUUACUUCAUUCUGUAAGAUACCUAAUUAUACACUAAUCCGUGAGUUCUUAUUUUUAACACACUGUUUAAAUUUUGACGUUUGUCAAUUCCGACGAUCAUGUCGGUGAAUAUAUUCAUGUUGUUUUACAAAAAUGUACUCAAAAACUAACGGUCGUAGAAAAAGUAUAGUAUAAAACAAGUUUAGACCAACUGAAACUGUCGUCCCUCAUAGUUGAAACAGUCAAGUGAAGCAUUUUCUAGCCUUUUUCGCCAGACGAAGGUUGUGUUAUCGGAGAAUUUCGCUGUUGGUGUUGAAGCCAUAUAAUGGCAUAAGAUCAUUCGUAAAGACAAUGAACAAAUAGACCUUACCCCAGAGAGAGCACCAUUAUUUUUAACACGCUGCGGAAAUAGAGCUGGAAUUCAGUUAGUUUUAAAAUGUAUUGUUUUGUUCAAAACAUUUUUUCAAAUCGUCUUUUAAUAUCGUCUUUUUAGGUUAGUUAGAUUUUUCACAUUUUUAUGCAGU